AUGGCCCCCAAGUCUGGCCAGGGGGUUGAAGAAGCCGAGGAAGAGGCUCUCCUGUCCCCCACAGAGCGAGAGUCGGUCAGUGGUCACCUGGGACCUCCAGCAGGUGCACCUGCAGCCCCCGAGAUUCCCACGUGCCUGCCAGACACCACGCCCCACCCCGCACCAGUGGUCUGCUCUGCCCACCCACAGUUGGCUCUUGAGUCCCUGGACCCUCGCACACUGCGGCUGCUGUGGAGGCAGCGAGAACUGGAGAUCCAGGCCUUGCGGUGGGCCGUCCAGAAUGGCCAGGACGCCCGGCUCUGCCACAUCCUGGAGGAGGUGGCGGGGCUUCCACCCAAGAGGAGCUCCCACAGUCAGGAGAAACUCCUGCAGAACCAGGUCCAGAAGCUGACCCUGGAGUUGAAGGAACAGAAGGAGCGAGCCCAGUGGGAGAAGGAGCACCUGGAGGAGCGGCUGCUGCAGACCACCCGCACGCUCCAGGAGGUGGAGGCUGAGCUGCAGAACUUGCAGGAGUCCUGCCUCCUGCAGCUGGCCCGCUCCUCGUGGGUGGGCCGAAUGCUAAGAUCCCAGACUGGCAGUGUGGAGGUAGUGACAGCAGAGACUCUGAUGGACCCAAGUGACCUCUCUGAAGACAUUCAGGCCCCCACUGGGGAGGGCUUUCGGCUGGAAGCUGUGGACUGGAACAGCAUUGCCCACCGGUACCCCAACCUCUUCAGCAACAUGGAGCCCAGCUCAAAGCAAAAGCAGCCACGGCCCUGGCCACAGCUGGACACAGGGAGCCCAGAGUCCUCCGGAAGGCACUCCGAGCGGCAUCAUAAGACCGUGGAGUGGGGCUCCCUGCCCUGUCUGAACACCAGCAGCUCAGGGGGCGCUGACUCCGACUCCAGCAGCUGCCGGCCGGGCCUGCCUUCCUUCGUGCAGGUGAUAGGGCACCCACCGCAGGACCACCGCGCUUCCUCCGAGCAAGCGCUGGUGCAGGCCGGGAGCUCCAGCAGGGACUCAGAAGAUCUCCAGAGAACCCACUCACCCGGGCACGGCGAGCGGGUCCUGUCGCCCCAGCCCUGCACAGACCCCGACCACUGGAGCCCGGAACUCCUGCAGAGCCCGACAGGCCUGAAGAUCGCGGCUGUGAGCUGCCGGGAGAAGUUCGUCCGCAUCUUCAACGCGUCACAGGAGAGCACGGCCGACCUGAGCGGCAUGGUGCUGAAGCAGCUGCUGCGCGGCUUCCCGGAGCGCCUGUACCGCUUCCCGCCGGGCACGCUGCUGGCCCCGCGGCACCACAUCACGGUCUGGGGCGAGGCGACCCGCAGCGCCAAGAAGCCGCUGCGCGCGUCCUCGGGCCAGGAGCCGGUUCCCCGCCUCUCCAGCCGCGGCUGCGCGAUGCUGCUCCUGAGUCCCAAGGGCGAGGUCCUCAGUGAGCACCGGAUCCCACGCCGCGAGACUCUGGCCCCGAGGGUCUUCGCCGACGGCACCGACUUGUCCAUCGACCGCUUCCCGCUCCCUGAGGCCGGGCCCGGCGCCGACACCCGCAAGCCGCCGCGCCCACCUCAACCCCUGCGCAAAGGCCGGGUGCGGGAGCCCCGGGUCAGUCGCCAGAGACUAAGGACGCGGGGACUGCUGCCCCCAAUGAGCUCGGGGAAGCUCUUCCACGCGCGGGAGGGGCCCGCGCGGCCCGAGACCCCCGAGAUCCCCGCGCUGCAGCACCUGCCAGCCAUUCCGGGUGACCCCACCCUGCCAUCGCCUCCCGCAGAGGCCGGGCUGGGCCUAGAGGACUGUCGGCUCCGGAAAGAGCACCGAGUUCGGGUGUGCCGGAAGAGCGUGGACCGUAGCUGCCCCUUGGUGGCCCUGUCGGUGCAGAGCACGGCGGAGAGCAGAUUCGGCUUCCGCUUCCUCAGCUGCCUGCCGGUCACCGCGGACACUUGCCGCGGCGCCUAGGAGCGGAGGAGCGGGGCCCGGACCGCGAGGGAGGGCCCGGGCGGGCGCCGGGGCUGGACGGGCUGUGUCCGCUGCAUCAUUUAUUGAACCAACGUGGCCUACAAAGUAAACUGCAUUUCU